GAUGACAGAAGAGUUUUUGACUUGUGCUAAGAUUAUUGAAUUUUUCUGGUUACUUCUAGCAUUUAUUUUCUUCUUUUUUGCAGCUUAUGCAAAAUUCAGAUUAAAAAAGGAUAUUCAUUUAGAUAUUGAGAAUUUGAAUUCGAAUCAUACAGCAGUUAAAUAUUAAGUUCCUUCUUAAUAAGCAGAUGCAUAAGAGAUUCAUAUGGUAGAUUAGAAUGUUUAAAGUUCUGGAUAGUUAUAAUCAAUGCCUUUAUAAAAUAGAGAACCACCUGUAUGUUUUAAAAUAAAUUUUAGACAAAAUUAGAAGAAUUUUACAAGAAGUCACUAAUUAUUACAAGUAGAAUAUUUCCAUAAUUGGCAAUUGUUAUAAUUUGUAUUUUAAAUGGGGCAAGUUAUGCUUUUGCAGUAGCUUGUGUUAUAUUAUACUUUGUUUCUAUCAUUCUAUUUAAUAUACUUUAAAUUUAAGAUUGUUUAGGGUCUUAAGGAAUGAAAAGUAUUUUAAAUUUAUUAUAUUUUGAGAUAUGUUUAAGUUGUCAAAUAACAUUUGGUUAGUUUGUCUAUUCAUAAAUUAUUUAGCUAGUUCAUUAUUUUGA